AUGUUUCAUCGCAACCGUCUGAUUUUUGCCCAACCGAAGAAACGUCGAGCGAUGAUGACCGAUCUUGCAAUCGGACUGGGUAUUCCCGUUCUUCAGAUUAUUUUUCAGUACAUUGUCUCUGGUCAUCGGUUCGAUAUCUACGAGCAGGUUGGCUGCUACCCGUUUACCUACAAUACGGCGCCCGCCUAUCCUCUUAGUGUUUUGUGGCCCAUCUUCAUAGGGUUGGUUUCUGCUGUAUAUUGUAUCUUGACACUCCGAGCCUUCUUCAGACGGCGUGCCCAGUUCAUGCAAUGCUUGGCCUCGUCCUCUGGUCUUACCGCGAACCGCUAUUUUCGACUCAUGGCGCUGGCUACCGUAGAAUUGCUUUGCACCGUACCAAUAUCGACAUAUGGCCUCUACUUAAAUCUCUCUGCCGGACCCUUGAAUCCUUGGAUUAACUGGGCAAACGUUCACUACGACUACUCUCAAGUUGACCAAUACCCUGCCAUUAUCUGGCGGUCACAACGCACUGCCAUCAUUGCUUUCGGACUUAGUACUUGGGCAGUGCCUUUCUGCGCAUUGAUAUUCUUUGCGUUCUUCGGCUUCGCGGAGGAGGCUCGUAAGAACUACUUUACCUUCUGGCUGACGGUCACGAAACCGUUGCGGAUGGGAGGGCGGUUGAACUCGUUGAAGUUGUCUAAAUUGUUGAAUGAAAGAAGAGCCACGUCUUCAUCAGCGACUUCAUUGCCCGUGUUUGUCGAUACCAAACCCGCUCUUCCAUCGCCCACAAUUUCUGUCGACACGGAUAUUGAUUCGUAUGACGUGAAGGAAAAGUCCUUCGCUUGA